AAACUGCUUCCUGGGACGGCCAUUACUCCUCCUAGUUUUUGUUCAUUGUUUCGAAUUAUGACAUACAUGACUUUGUUGCAGCGCAUUGAGUUGGAGCGGGGAAAACGGGAACCCGGAGAAAUCACGGAGCUGAAUUUGGACAACUCAAAAUCCGUGGAUAUCGAAGGUCUCACGGAUGAAUAUUCGUCCUUAGAGGUCUUGAGCAUGAUGAACGUUGGUCUUCAAAGUUUGGCUGGUUUGCCUUGUCUUGCCAGCUUAAAAAAUGUAAGUUGGGCUAGACUAAAUUAUGCUUUCUAAGCUUGAGUUGUCGAAUAAUUUGAUAUCUGGUGGUCUUGACGCUCUGCUCAAAUGUCCCAACAUUGAGCAACUUAAUCUAAGUAGCAAUAAGAUUGAAUCAAUGGAUGUAUUGAUUCCACUGGCUAAGCUAUCCGAACUCAAGAGUCUGGACCUCGGGAACUGUCCUGUCACCACUACGGAGAAUUACCGUAAAAAGGCUUUUGCGAUGAUUCCGUCUUUAAAGUAUUUGGACGGUCUUGAUGAGAACAACGAGGAAGAAGUGUUUGGAAACGAUUUUCUGAAUGGAGGUCUUGAUGAAGAGGGUAAGUCAAACCUUUUGUCUUGAUAUGUUCGUAUGCCACAGUUUAAAGUUUUACCCGUAAGCGAUCCAUACUGUUCAGUCAACCAAUUGAUUCGGGCAUUUAAGUGUUUAAUUAAGAACGCGAGUGUUCAGAACGGUUUUGUGUCUGUCUUGGUAACCCAUGCGUAUAGCGCUCGUCGCUCAGUUUCUCGAUUUGUGUAGUCAAAUUGAUGUGCUCAUUCAUGUCUUCAGUCUUGUAAAUUGUCAAUCCCAGUAUGCAUUCGGUCUACUAUGUGUCCAAAAGACGUUUUUGGAACGAAGCUAUCGUUAUUAGUUAUUACUUCGCAAACAUUCUCGUUCAUGGUCCUCGCUUUCGGCCUUCUGCAUUUCCGUUUCUCUGUUUUUGUCAUUGUGAUUUGUAAAUGGUUGUCUCAUUACACUCACUUCAAAGGCCUACAUAGAACCUACUUUCUGGAUAUGAAUAAAUAGCUUUUCUCUAAGUUCCAAGAUGUGUGGUUUAUUGCAUUACCGUGACAUGAACUAGGUCCAAAAUGUGUGUGUAAAGAGCAGUAUUUCAAGGAUGUGAAUAUAGAUAUAGACCUUUAAAGAACCUGUUAUAUUUUGGUGCGCCUCAGUGUCAUGAGUUGACGCUCGCCUUCUCGUGAGGUUCUGACACUGAGGCGGCAGUCCUGCUGUCGUUGAUACAUUAAGGAUAGAUGGAGACUGGUCAAAUGGAUGAUCACACUUCAUUCCUGUUCAUGGCAAACACUAAGCUUCAACAUGUGGUUCUAAGCGUAUAAUGAGACUAUAGGUAGAUUUUGUUAACAAGUUAGACGUGUGGACAAAAUCUUUAGAUUAGAAGUUGGUGGUAGGAGUUAAGAAGUCUAGCGAAUAAAGUAGCUUCCGGACGUUCCUCGGUUGUCUUCCAUGAAUCGCUUGCACUGCUGAUGACAUUCUAUUAAGUACUUCUGGCUUUCAUCUAUUUCGCUCUUUUUGUUAAUAGUUACUGGGUUUUUUUAGAUGACAGCACAUGGAUGUCCAGUUCUUGUUUAACUAAGUAAAUCAGUAGACAAGUAAAAAUCUAUUUCCUCGACAAAAAAGCAUUUUGGAAGUUAACUUUACAUCUUAUAUAAUUAUUUUGAUGUAGCGGACGGUGUCGAUGAAGCUGAUGAAGAGGAUGAUGAAGGAUCUGAUGAGGAAGACGAAUGUGACGACGAAAUUGGCAUUGAAGCCCUUCAACAAAGUGGUGAACUUGAAGAUGAUGAGGAUGACUAUGCUCCAGGCGAAGAUGAGGAAGCGGAAUUAGAUGAUUACGACGAUGUGGAUGAUGAAGAUGAAGACGAGGUAGAGGAAGACAACGGAGCUAACCUUUCGGCUGCCAACGUGAGUGGACCUCGACGUCCCGGCACCAAGCGGCGUCAUGAUGACAUUCAAGAUGGGAAAAAUGGGGAUAAAGCGGAGCACUGUGGAACUAAGCAUAAGCACGUUGAAGAUCGUGUGGAGACCCACGUUGAAAACGGAUCAACUGCGGAUGAUUAGACAGUUGAUAUAAACUUGAUUGUUCUUAUUUAGGCCAAAUUCCUAUUGUAUAUGUUAUGUUCAUGUUCAUCUUUUAUGUUUAACCACAAAUUCACCCAAAAUGAACUAUGUAUUUGUACAGUACAUUUGCUGACAUUUUUUUCGACAACACAUAAUUCAGUGUUAGCUAAUGCAUUUACUCAUUUGUAAUACUUUAUUACAUUGUUAAAUUUUCGAAACAUCUUUUUAACUAAAAUCUAUCCAUAUUUGUUGGGUUUUAAUCAUUAUAAAUUGAAUUGUCAUCUUAAUAA